CCACAACUCACUAGCCUUUCUACUCUCUAAGCUAAGAAAAAAUGAAGUUAUCUAUUCGCAUGCUGGACCAGCGCACCAUUAGUUUGGAAAUGCAGGAAACGCAGGAUGUGAGGGCUCUCAAGGAGCAACUGGGCAGCCUUCCGGAGGUCUCCUUGCCCGUGGAGAGCCUGCAGCUGAUCUACAGUGGCCGCAUCAUGGAGGAUGCCCUGCCCCUCAGCGAAUAUCGCAUAGCGGAGGACAAGUUCAUAGUGCUGAUGGGCAAGAAGGCAGUCCAGGUGAAGAAGGCGGAGCAGCCGGAGGAGCAGGUGGCGCCCACACCGCCUCAAGAGGUCACCCCUUCUGGUUCCCCCGAUGAGCAGCGUGUGCUUGAUCUCAUGGCCAUGGGCUAUGGCGAGCAGGAGGUGCGAUCUGCUCUCCAGGCCAGCUUCAAUCAUCCGGAGCGUGCAAUUGAGUAUCUGAUUAGUGGGAUUCCUCAGGAGGAACAGGCUCCCGUGGAGCAGGGUCUCCAGCAACUCAUGGGGGAUCCUCGCGUGGCCCGAGUGCGUGAAAUGAUACGCGAGAAUCCCGAGCUGCUGCAGCUAAUCCUGGCCAGGCUGGCCGAAACCGAUCCGGCUGCCUACGCGGCGGUUCAGAGUCAUCGGGAGGAGUUUGCGGGCAUGUUACUUGGUGGCGAAGGUGCUACCUCCGAGGUGGAAGCCCAGGUUCAACUCACAACCGAAGAAUUAGCCGCCGUGAAGCGACUGGAGGCACUGGGCUUCCAUCGAGUGAUGGCCGUGCAGGCUUAUUUGGCCUGCGACAAGAACGAGCAGCUGGCCGCGGAGAUUCUCUUCCGCCAGUCGGAGGAGCAGGAGGAGCAGGAGGAGCAGGAGGAGCUGCCUCGGGAUGAAUAA